CCUACUUUUUAUAACAACAUAAUUCAUCGUUUCCAACUCCACACGCAGUCCCCUCCUAUUGUCCCCCACCCACCUUUAAUAUAUAUAUAUAUACCGAGAUCUGGAGGGAGAGAGAGUUGUAAGAAUGGCGAGUCUGGGAGAGGAAGCUGUGAGGAACAAGCAGGUGAUAUUAAGAGACUACGUGUCUGGCUUUCCCAAAGAAUCGGAUAUGCACGUGACCACCACCACCACCACAAAACUGAAGGUUCCUCAAGCCUCCAACGCAGUCCUACUGAAGAACCUCUACUUGUCUUGCGAUCCCUCCCAGCGAACCCGUAUGACAAACUACCAAUCUUCCCCCUAUUUCCUUUCCUUCACGCCUGGUUCGCCAAUCAGAGGACAUGGUGUGGCUAAAGUUUUGGAUUCUGGUCACCCAAACUUCAAGAAAGGCGACUUGGUCAGGGGAAUAACAGGGUGGGAAGAAAAUAGUCUCAUUACACCACCUGCUACAGAGACACUGACUAAAAUUGAACCCACUGAUGUGCCUCUAUCCUACUAUAUUGGAAUUCUUCGAAUGCCUGGUAUGACUGCUUAUGCUGGAUUUUAUGAGGUUUGCUCUCCUAAGAAAGGAGACUACGUCUUCAUUUCAGCAGCUUCUGGAGCUGUUGGGCAGCUUGUUGGGCAGUUUGCAAAGUUAAUGGGUUGCUAUGUUGUUGGGAGUGCUGGAAGCAAAGAAAAGGACGAUUUACUGAAGAACAAACUUGGGUUGGAUGAUGCUUUCAAUUAUAAAGAAGAGCCCGACUUGAAUGCAGCUCUGAAAAGGUACUUUCCUCUAGGCAUUGAUGUCUACUUUCAGAAUGUUGGAGGAAAGAUGCUUGAUGCAGUGCUACUCAACAUGAGGAUUGGUGGCCGCAUUGCUGUGUGUGGGAUGAUCUCGCAGUAUAAUUGCCUUGACAAGCCUGAAGGUGUGCACAAUUUACUGCAUCUGAUCGCGAAAAGGAUCCACAUCGAAGGGUUCCUGGUUCACGAUUACAAUCAUCUUUAUCCCAAGUUUCUGGAUUGGGUUCUGCCUCAAAUCAAGGAAGGGAAGAUUGUAUAUGUGGAAGACAUAGCUGAAGGCCUUGAGAGCGCCCCGGCAGCUCUUGUCGGACUUUUUACAGGACGCAAUGUUGGAAAACAAGUUGUAGUUGCCCGAGAGUGACCGACUUCAUGUACACUGUCAUUUCCCAAAAGCAGGUCCCCUGGAAUGUUAUCUCCUGUAAAGGCAUGCAUCUAAUAUCUAACACAAAUUAUAAGAGGAAGCUCCAAAGAUUUGAUCUCGUUGAAGGACGGACUUGAUCAAAUAUUUCAAUGCAAAUAAGUAUCACAAUAAUCCAACAGAUAAGAACGAAAAUACUUUUUAUCACAAAUAUUAGUCUUAUUGCAAGAGCCAUUUCAGCAUUUGCAGUGCCCAUUCUUACAAAAUUUCCUCCCAGUUGACAUCCUAACACAACCAAAAGAAAAGAACCGCGCACGCAGAAAAAAAAGAAAAA